AUGGCUGAGGCAUUUCCUGAGAGCCAGGAAGUGUGCCUAGGACUAGAGCCCGCCAGAAGGAAGGCUGAGGUAUUUCUCGAGUGCCAGGAAGUGUGCCUAGGACUAGAGCCCGCCAGAAGGAAGGCUGAGGUAUUUCCCGAGAGCCAGGAAGUGUGCCUAGGACUAGAGCCCGCCAGAAGUAAGUCUGAGGUAUUUCCCAAGAGCCAGGAAGUGUGCCUAGGACUAGAGCCCGCCAGAAGGAAGGCUGAGGUAUUUCCCAAGAGCCAGGAAGUGUGCCUAGGACUAGAGCCCGCCAGAAGGAAGGCUGAGGUAUUUCCCGAGAGCCAGGAAGUGUGCCUAGGACUAGAGCCCGCCAGAAGGAAGGCUGAGGUAUUUCCCGAGAGCCAGGAAGUGUUCCUAGGGCUAGAGCCCGCCAGAAGGAAGGCUGAGGUAUUUCCCGAGAGCCAGGAAGUGUGCCUAGGACUAGAGCCCGCCAGAAGGAAGGCUGAGGUAUUUCCCAAGAGCCAGGAAGUGUGCCUAGGACUAGAGCCCGCCAGAAGGAAGGCUGAGGUAUUUCCCAAGAGCCAGGAAGUGUGCCUAGGACUAGAGCCCGCCAGAAGGAAGGCUGAGGUAUUUCCCGAGAUCCAGGAAGUGUUCCUAGGACUAGAGCCCGCCAGAAGGAAGGCUGAGGUAUUUCCCGAGAGCCAGGAAGUGUUCCUAGGACUAGAGCCCGCCAGAAGGAAGGCUGAGGUAUUUCCCGAGAGCCAGGAAGUGUGCCUAGGACUAGAGCCCGCCAGAAGGAAGGCUGAGGUAUUUCCCGAGAGCCAGGAAGUGUGCCUAGGACUAGAGCCUGCCAGAAGGAAGGCUGAGGUAUUUCCCGAGAGCCAGGAAGUGUUCCUAGGACUAGAGCCCGCCAGAAGGAAUGCUGAGGUAUUUCCCGAGAGCCAGGAAGUGUGCCUAGGACUAGAGCCCGCCAGAAGGAAGGCUGAGGUAUUUCCCAAGAGCCAGGAAGUGUGCCUAGGACUAGAGCUGCCAGAAGGAAGGCUGAGGAAGGCUGAGGUAUUUCCCGAGAGCCAGGAAGUGUGCCUAGGACUAGAGCCCGCCAGAAGGAAGGCUGAGGUAUUUCCCGAGAGCCAGGAAGUGUGCCUAGGACUAGAGCCCGCCAGAAGGAAGGCUGAGGUAUUUCCCGAGAGCCAGGAAGUGUGCCUAGGACUAGAGCCCGCCAGAAGGAAGGCUGAGGUAUUUCCCGAGAGACAGGAAGUGUGCCUAGGACUAGAGCCCGCCAGAAGGAAGGCUGAGGUAUUUCCCGAGAGCCAGGAAGUGUGCCUAGGACUAGAGCCCGCCAGAAGGAAGGCUGAGGUAUUUCCCGAGUGCCAGGAAGUGUGCCUAGGACUAGAUCCCGCCAGAAGGAAGGCUGAGGUAUUUCCUGAGAGCCAGGAAGUGUGCCUAGGACUAGAGCCCGCCAGAAGGAAGGCUGAGGUAUUUCCCAAGAGCCAGGAAGUGUGCCUAGGACUAGAGCCCGCCAGAAGGAAGGCUGAGGUAUUUCCCGAGAGCCAGGAAGUGUGCCUAGGACUAGAGCCCGCCAGAAGGAAGGCUGAGGUAUUUCCCGAGAGCCAGGAAGUGUGCCUAGGACUAGAGCCCGCCAGAAGGAAGGCUGAGGUAUUUCCCAAGAGCCAGGAAGUGUGCCUAGGACUAGAGCCCGCCAGAAGGAAGGCUGAGGUAUUUCCCGAGAGCCAGGAAGUGUUCCUAGGACUAGAGCCCGCCAGAAGGAAGGCUGAGGUAUUUCCCGAGAGCCAGGAAGUGUGCCUAGGACUAGAGCCCGCCAGAAGGAAGGCUGAGGUAUUUCCCGAGAGCCAGGAAGUGUGCCUAGGACUAGAGCCCGCCAGAAGGAAGGCUGAGGUAUUUCCCGAGAGCCAGGAAGUGUUCCUAGGACUAGAGCCCGCCAGAAGGAAGGCUGAGGUAUUUCCCAAGAGCCAGGAAGUGUGCCUAGGACUAGAGCCCGCCAGAAGGAAGGCUGAGGAAGUGUGCCUAGGACUAGAGCCCGCCAGAAGGAAGGCUGAGGUAUUUCCCGAGAGCCAGGAAGUGUGCCUAGGACUAGAGCCCGCCAGAAGGAAGGCUGAGGUAUUUCCCGAGAGCCAGGAAGUGUGCCUAGGACUAGAGCCCGCCAGAAGGAAGGCUGAGGUAUUUCCCGAGAGCCUGGAAGUGUGCCUAGGACUAGAGCCCGCCAGAAGGAAGGCUGAGGUAUUUCCCGAGAGCCAGGAAGUGUGCCUAGGACUAGAGCCCGCCAGAAGGAAGGCUGAGGUAUUUCCCGAGAGCCAGGAUGUGUGCCUAGGACUAGAGCCCGCCAGAAGGAAGGCUGAGGUAUUUCCCGAGAGCCAGGAAGUGUGCCUAGGACUAGAGCCCGCCCGAGCGCACGUCCUGACUGGUGCAGCACAGCCCAGCAAGAGUGUGCUGCAGGCCAGCCUAGAGCGGGACGCUGUGUGUCGCUAA